AUGAAGGCGACGUUUGCAGCCUUGAUAGCUGUCCUCCUGUGUGUGGAGAGAGUGUCGUCACUCCACUGCUUCCAUUGCGACAAUGAGGAGCGCAACAUUAAUUGCUUAAACAUGAAGCAGUGCGAGGCGACGGACAAGUACUGCGUCACAAAAUACCUCGGAGGAGGAUUCGGUGAAAACCGUAAGCAGUCCAUCAGCAAAGGCUGCUCUGCAAUCUGUCCCCAAGGCGGCGUGGAUCUGGGCGUCGUGGCUUUCUCGGUGAAAUGCUGUGAGAACUCCUUUUGCAACAUCAGCGGGGCCGCCAGCGUGAAAAGCAGCUUCGUGAUGCUGGCCGUGGGCACCCUGGCCAGCCUCCUGUACAUCUUUGGCGCCAAACUGUGAGGACUCGUGGGGCCGAGGCGGCUUCUCCCGCAGAGAGAGGCCCCGAUCCCCUUCCCAUGCAAAGCUGGAAGUUAAGAACAUGCUCCUAAGUACAUCUCUGGGCCUUUGUAACUCUCA